AUGAAUGUAAGUAGAAAGGAAGUGUUCGGACAUAUUCUUGGAACUGUCAUAUACAGUGAAACAAUUAUGCGCCGUAACUCAGCAAUUCGGUCAUUCACUGAAUCGGUCGAUUCAGACUUUCCACCCGCUCCGGAAUUACCACCAUCGUUAAAUAUCGAUUUGCAUUAUCCAGAAGAAGCAAUGAAAAGAAGUGAAACUUCUGAAACAAUUAUUGAGAGGAAACCCAAACAAUCAUUGCAAGAGGUGGUCAGUGGUACUCAAAAAUAUCCUAUGAUGGUACCUGGUCCAGGUCAUGUUGAUGAGGAACAAGAACUUCAUGCUAGCCUAUUGCAUCAGGAUGAUGAAUGUUCCGAAAGUGAUGUGGAAAUUAGUAGCUUCGAAGGAAAGCAAUCCUUCGAAGAGAAGCAAUCUUUAAAUGAAACCACUAAAAAACAACAACAUAAAGAACGUGAUCGUGAUCAUGAAGCAUUACGUUAUGAAUAUUCGAUAUCAACACUGGAACGACCCCGACCAACUACACCAACAUCAUGGUGUGCUAUUGAGAACUAUGUAGAAGGUUCAUUAGAAGCUGACGAUGAAUCAUCAUCAAUUGUAGGAAAAAAGGAAAAGAUUCAUGUCAGUAUACCGAAUCAUAAUACAACACAAACACCAAGACGUCGUCGAAUAUCCAUGUCAUGGGUUGAUUUUUAUGAAACGAUGUCAACGCAAGUACCAUCUCAAGCUCGUAGAUCGAUGUCUGGUCAUACUACACCAUUACAUGAUUAUGAUGGUGAUAUAUUGGAGGAAGAUCCAAGAUAUCGAAAUGUAGCACCACCAAAACCAGUUAUUCAUCGUCGUUCAUCAACCGAUUGGGAAAAUUUUAUGGAUAAUGGUAAUGAUUUUGAUUUAGUUAUAUCCUGA